CACGGAGCUCGACGCUCACAGUCACGCAGAAGGUGCACACACUCCACUCACUCCACGCCGCAACAAUUCUCUUUACCGCAACUUUCAUCGCCACCAACUUUACCGAUACCGCUCCUCGACAAAGGUGUAGGCCGAGGACGAGAACUGACCCGAACUUGGAAUCGUUCGAAGACGGAAUUUGGUGUCCACGUCAGGAGUGGCCAUGCCAUUUGGCUGUUUAACAAUCGGAGAAAAGAAGGAUUACCACAGUCCUUCGGACGUGACGGACAAAUAUGAUAUGGGUCAAAUUGUUAAAUCGGAGGAGUUCUGUGAGAUAUUCAGAGCCAAGGACAAAACUACGAUGAGAAUGUACACGUGCAAAAAGUUCCUGAAAAAGGAUGGAAGAAAGGUCCGCAAAGCCGCAAAAAAUGAAAUCCUCAUUUUAAAAAUGGUGAAGCAUCCAAAUAUUCUCCAACUGGUGGAUGUCUUUGAGACUAAAAAGGAAUACUUCCUCUUCCUUGAGCUUGCAACAGGCAGAGAAGUGUUCGACUGGAUCCUUGAUCAAGGCUAUUACUCAGAGCGGGAUACCAGCAACGUGGUGCGCCAGGUGUUGGAGGCAGUCGCCUACCUCCACUCCCUGCACAUUGUUCACAGAAACCUUAAGUUGGAGAAUUUGGUCUACUACAACCGCUUGAAGCACUCUAAAAUAGUCAUCAGUGACUUCCACCUUGCCAAGCUGGAGAAUGGAUUAAUCAAAGACCCCUGCGGGACACCAGAGUACCUGGCUCCAGAAGUGGUUGGCAGACAGCGAUAUGGUCGGCCAGUGGACUGCUGGGCAACAGGCGUCAUUAUGUACAUAUUGCUUUCGGGCAAUCCUCCUUUCUAUGAUGAGAGUGAUGAAGAGGAUUAUGAAAAUCAUGACAAGAACCUGUUCCGAAAGAUCCUCGCAGGCGAUUAUGAGUUUGACUCUCCAUACUGGGAUGAAAUCUCUGAUUCAGCUAAAAGUUUGGUUGCACGUCUGAUGGAAGUGGAUCAGGACCAGAGACUGACAGCCCAGGAGGCUAUCAACCAUGAAUGGAUCUCUGGUGGCGCAGCAUCAGAUAAAAACAUCAAGGAACAUGUAUGUGCACAAAUAGAAAAGAACUUUGCUCGAGCCAAAUGGAAGAAAGCCGUGCGGGUCACCACCAUCAUGAAGAGGCUGAGGGCAACAGAGCAAAGUACCACCAAGGCCACCACGGGGGAUCCCGCGGCUCCUCAGGACGCUGCAGACCCUUCCACGCCUUCACCUGCUACCGCCACACCACAGGAAGUAGUCCCAGAGCUAGACAAAACGGUACCAGAGGCCUCGGACGGCAAGGCGGAGCCACAGCGGGAGAACCCACCGCCACAGGAAGCAGAGCCCACAUCACGGUGCAAUGGAGACACGUUGGCUACUGAGACCGGGGAUGAGCAAGGCUAAGGUCCUCGUUGUACCCUCAAUCCUGCACACUGUACAAUAGCUGCUAGCAUGGUGACACUGACUCUGCUUCUCUCUCUAGCACCAUUAGCAUCAUCUCAUGAUGGCUAUGUGCUAAUUUACCUGAGUGCUCCGCAUUGCAUUGAAAUUAAUAUCUUUUUCCAGUUGUAUUAUAUAUAUAUAUAUAUAAUAGGUCACAUGGUACAAAACAUAUUCCACACACACACGCCAUGGUUUACAGUUAAAGUCCCUUUUCUGGUAAAAAAAAAAAGAAAGAAAGAUUCCUUUUUAUUGAACGGACUUAGGAAACCACUUUUUCUUCUUAAAAUCAGAAGACAAGUUUAGACUGUACGGGUCUACUGUACAGAAUGGAGAAAAUUCCUAAGAAGGAAAAUUUGCUUGUCUUAUGUUUAUUUAUUUUUUACAGUACGGUCUGUACUUAACAGUUACUGUGCCUCACAGCGAUGUGAGUUUUUGGGGGCCUUGUACAUACUAAGCACAAAAAAACCAUCUGCUUAACUUCCUGCUCAGGAAAUAACCUCAUGGUGUAAAGAUUGUGUACAUAAGAGAACUUUGUAGAAGUAGCUAAAAGAGCAUGCAUUCUCACAAAGCUUUCACUUGGUUGACAAAGGCGCACUACUACUACUUUGUUCUGUUUACACACUGAACUUGUUGUGUUUCUUCUUCUGGUUUGUGUUUGUUUUCAUCACAAGGCAGUUCUAUGCAUCUGAAUUAAUUCGUAGCUUCUUUUUUUUUUUCUAAAAAACAAAACAAAACAAAAAAAACACCACAGUAGAUGAAUCACUGUAUAUGUAGGUGGUUUUACAGUACACUUGUUUUAGCCAGCUGACUCCUGUGCCACAAGUCUUAAACUAACUUUAAACAUGUGCAUUAAUCCACCUCAUUUUUUACUGAUUUUGGAGGUUUCCACCAAUCAUUAGAGUUCUUUACGGUUACAUCUCAUUUCAUUAUAUUUCAGUCAUUAGUAUUUACCAUAUUUUCCGGACUAUAAGGCACUACUUUUCCCAAGCUUUGAAUUUUUCUUCACUAACGGCAAAUUUUAGAAUGGAUUAAGCAAAAAAAAUCAAACAAUGCACUAAAAUGAUCCACUUUAAGAAACUGUUCAAACUCAAAGUGUUUACAAACGGAAAGGGAGAAGAAUCCUGAUAAAUGUCUUGAACCUUAUUAAAAAAAAAAGAGAAAAUCUUAUUCAUCUCAUUAAGGAUGAAUAAAAACAAUGACUUUUCUGUUUUGUUUGAUCAGCCAUUUGGAAACAAUUAAGGUAUUUAAAUAAAACAUUUGCUAAAUAUUUCAAUGUAAAUAUAUAAUUUCACAAUGUACCUGUGUAUAGGUUGUAUUCCAUCACCUGACUUUUAAACGGAAGUAAACAAAGUGGUGGGCCACCAACUGUGCAGCAAACCGAGUGCGAACUAUCCGAGUACGCAAAAGGCCUAGAUUUUAGCACCAAAAGCAGAUACGAGCAAAAAAAUCUGAAUAUGCAAUGGAGAAAAAAAAAAAGAUUUGUAGAGUGAUAUCAAGGAUUAUCCGUCGUGGAGUUCCGAGACAUGUCGAACUAUCUUGUGCUCCAGAUGUCAUUCUAUAUGACAAAACAGAUGAAAACUUGGAAACAACUUCUUUGUGUGUGACUGGGUCAAGGAAAUUGGUAUCAAGACCCUCCCGGGUAAAUCAUGCAUCAUUUUUUCAUGUUUGUUGCCUUAUUGUUGUUGCACGCAUCAUUUACGAGUAAGCGUGUUUUCCCCCUGUCUUUAUCAAAUUAUAACUGAGAUAGGCUCCAGCACCCCCCGCGAUCCCGAAAGGGACAAGCGGUAGGAAAUGGAUGGAUGGAUGGAUAACAACAGAUGUCAACGUUGUGUAUGUGCUAAAAGCUUCAUUUAUGAUUGCUGCUUUUUGUAAAAGCUUAACUCUUUUAGGUUUUGCUCACAUUUGAUUUAUUUUGUUUAGAUUGGCCGAGUUGGUGCUUUACGAAACACUCGUAGCAAAAAUGUCUUUUAAGAACUCUGAAACAAGAUAACAUACAAAUAUACUUAAAUUGUAAAAGUAUAUUGAACAAACCUUUAACAAAGUGAUUGCUGCAAACUCGUGCAUUCUUCGACUCGAUCUGCUCCCCUGCUUUUUCUCAUAGUUUUUCGUAAAAUCUUGCACUCUUUCGCCCUUCUUGAUUAGCUCUAGAGCAGACCUGGGCAUUGUAUGGGCCGCGGGCCGCAUCCGGCCCUUUGCGCAUCCCUGUCCGGCCCGCGUGAGGCCAAUCAUAAAUUACAAAAUACAUUUCAAAAAGUAUCUAUGUCGAGUGUGCAAUACAACGGUGCUGCUUUUGUUUUGAAAAGCGUUAUUUGUAUUACUUCCGUGUGGACGUAUGCGCGUGUGCGAUUGUGAGUGAAUUGAACGGCGCAAUCACAAAUUACAAAAUAAAGUUUAAAAAACAUCUAUGUCGUGCGCGCAAUACAACUGUGCUGCUUUUAUUUUGAAAUGUGUUAUUUAUGUCGUAUGUCCGGGGGGAACCUGUGAGUGAAGGUGCAUAGAGACAAGUGAUGAGACGCUAAAAAAAGAAAAGUUGAUGACGAAUGGCGUGUUUCCAACAAGACAUGGACUGCCAAGUAUUUCUUUACAUAAAUUAAUGGUAAAGCCGUGUGCUUAAUUUGUGGUACACAGGUUGCUGUGUUUAAGGAAUAUAAUUUUUAUCGCCACUACACGAAGAAACACGAGGGAAAAUACCGGAAUGUGUCUGAUGAAGCGCGCGCAAGGGAGGCUGAUGCGUUGAUGGUAAAACUGCAAACCCAACAAGGACUUUUUGCCAUAUUUCACACCCCCAGAGAUGCAGCCGUCAGGACAAGUUUCGUCAUUUCUCACAAAAGCGCCAGAAAAAGUAAGGCGUUUUCUGACGGAGAGUUUAUUAAGGAGUGCUUAUUGGACUCUGUUGCGCUGAUAUGCACGGAGACAUUGACUGUUUUUCGCUAACUUUGAUGACAGCUGUGAAUGAUGUACGUGACACCACCCAGCUGCUCUUCUUCUUACGUGGGAUAACUGCAGACUUUCAAAUCACGGAGUAGCUGGCAGCCAUGCAGUCAAUUAAAGAGACAACCACAGGUAAUGACUUGUUCACAUAGGUAAAUGCGUGUUUGGACAUGUUAGGACUGAAAUGGGACAAGCUGGCAGGUGUGACAAUCCAAUCCACUUUAUUUAUAUAGCACAUUUAAACAACAAAAUGUUUCCAAAGUGCUGCACAACAAUAUUAAAAGCAAUAUUCAAAUAUUAUCCUUAGCUCCACCAAUGACUGAAUAAAAAGAAAAAACAAUUACAUAUAAAACCAAUAUAAAAAACAAUAUAAAAUAAAUAUGAUUAAAAACUAUUUUUAACAACAGGUAGUUGUCCAAAUCUGAUGGGGAAAAAUGUUGGAUAAUGCAGGAUAAAGUGACCAUCAAAAGCAAUCUGCUUUUGUAUAAAGUUAAGUUAGGUUAAAUUAAAUUAUUAUUAUUAUUAUUAUUAAUUAUUAUUAUUAUUAUCAUCAUUAUUAUUUAUCUUACGGUAUAUCAAAAAUAAUAUUGAGCAAAAUUUAAUUGAAAUAUUGUCGUGUGGCCCUCCAGCAGUGCUCGGGUUGCUUAUGCGGCCCCCGGUGAAAAUUAAUUGCCCACCCCUACUCUAGAGGAACUCUGAAGAAACUUUUAUGCUUUUCACCUUUUGAAUGUUUCCAACAGCCUAUAAUAAAGCAAGCAUAGGACAUUUUUCUUCAAGAAAGGAAAAAGGCCGCCCAGAACGCUAUGACAACGGAGUCUCACAUAUGAGCCGGAUAUGACAUCAGGUGAAUACAACCUAUAUCUGCAGCUUACAUCCGGUGCGGGUAAUAUAUGAAAAUAUGUUUUUUUUCUUCUAAAAUUUAGUGAGUGCUGCUUAUAUUCCAGUGCGGCUUAUAGUCUGGAAAACAUGUAGUUCACUCCAUGCUUUAAACAGUUAUCUACCCUUGUCGCAGGAAAUUAAGCAAUAUUUAACAGGCUGCAGAAACUGAUUGCCACAAAAUGUGUUUGUGUGAACACGUCGACAGUGGGUUUCCCGCCCAGGGCGCCAUUGAACCUUGACCCGCCACUACACGUCUACUGUAUGUCAGUGAGUCCCCACUUGAUCGAGUGCUAACAGCGAUCAGCGGUCAGUCCUAUUACUGGGGGUGUCCCGAUAGAAGUUUUCGCCUUUGGCGUUCUUAAUUGGUUUAUACCGAUAUUGACCCCAUACCGAUACAUUCAAUUUUGACAGAAAAAAAAAUUGUACCACAUGUAACUGCAGUUCUUAACUCAAUGCUACAAAAAGCUAUUCCAAGCAUUUUUUUGUCAUUGAAACCUUUUUUGAAAUGAUUUCUAAAUAACUGGAUUUUAAUAUUUGCUUGUCAUCUUGACUUCUGAUUGCAAAGCAUUUUUUCCGCCAGUGUGUUGUGUAGCUGCCAGCUCCUAGUAGACUAUAGCCUACAUUGUUUACCUUUUUUAAAUGACUUGACUAAAAUACAAGAAAAGUGUACUUAUUAAUGACAUUUAGCUGUUAACUGGCUUGUCCAGCAUUGUGCAAGUAAACAUGCUGCAGGGCUUCUUGUAUCAGACAUUUAAGAUGCUAGCUAAUAUCAUCCAAUAUUGUUUUUUUUUGCUAAUAUCGGACCAAUGUCAAUAUCACAUCGGGACACCCCUACUUAUUAUGUGAUUUAUUGACAACCUUUCCAUAAUGUCACCUGGGAUAGGCUCCAGCUCACCUGAACUUUUGACCUAAAACAGGAUAAGAGGUAGAAAAUAAACUAUUAUUGUUGUUGUUUUUAUUAAAUAAGGCGGCUAAAGUGUAAUUUAAAAGUUUGCACACAUUACCUAAAGGCUGUCAAAUAAUUAUUUAAGAUAUAUGUAUUUUAGAUAAACCGGAAGCUAUUUAUUUAAAUGCUAAUCUUAAAUUAUUUGUUGCAGAGAUUAUUUAAACAUGUUCACUCUUGAGUUGUGCUGAAGUUAAUUCUAAAACCAAUUUUGCAGGUAAUACGGUUAAGUGUUAGCAUUUAGGUGUGUUCAGGAUAUUUAUGUGGAUUGUUGUAGUUCAUCCUGUUUGUUUAGAUGGAAAAUGAAUAUUGUUGCACAGUUUAAAGCCUAGUUCACUUCUCACUGUAGUAUUCCAUGUCUGGUCAUUUUCCACACAUUCCCAAAAGUGUUUGUAGAUGUAAAGUUGGCCUGGACCAGCCCCCACCUGUAGGUCCUUUCUUGCAUUUAUUUGUUGGCUCUGUAAUGUACUCCUUGACAGAGUUGAUGACUUUGGUGGUAAUAAAACUUAAUUCAAA